CCAUCCUUUAUUUUUGUGUCACUAUCAAAGUUGAAACAUAUUCCAUUCCACCACCUUUAACUUUAAUAACUAGAUAUCAAAAUCUCCUCUCCCAUGGAAGAAAACCAAAGCUCUCAGUCUCAACCUCCAAACCAACAACACCAUCUCCCCCCUGACAAACUACAAAUGAACAAACCUGCUGGUCCACCACCUUCUUCUUCCUACGGCACAAGUUCUUCCGGACGUGCUUUUGCCACAUUCCUCACCAUCUUUCUCCUACUAAUCGGUGUCACUCUACUUGUUCUCUGGCUUGUCUACCGUCCACACAAACCCCACUUCACGGUUGUCGGUGCUGCCAUCUAUGGCUUCAACACAACCUCACCACCGCUCCUUUCCGCCACCUUGCAGUUCAACAUCCUCAUUAAGAACCCAAACAAGCGUGUCUCUGCUUACUAUGACAGGUUCUCUGCUUUUGUGUCCUAUAGGAACCAAGCCAUAACACCGCAGGUUAUGCUUCCGCCGCUGUUCCUGGAGAAGCACAGUCAGGUGUCCUUGUCACCCGUGAUAGGAGGCACGGCUGUGCCAGUGUCGGUGGAAGUGUCGAAUGGGUUGAUGAUGGAUGAGGCUUAUGGAGUGGUGGGUUUGAAACUUGUGUUUCUUGGAAGGUUAAGGUGGAAAGCAGGGACAAUAAGAAGUGCACAUUAUGGGUUCUAUGGAAAGUGUGAUGUAUUGAUCGGUUUGAAGAAAGGUGUUGUUGGACAGGUUCCUCUGCUUGGUACUCCACCUUGCAACAUAGACAUAUGAAAGUUUCUGUCCACAAUUAAUGGAUUCAAUGUUUCAAAGUGUAAUAAAAUGCAAUAUGUUAGUACUUACUUACUUACUUACUAUCACUCUGUCACUUUAAUGUCUUUCUUUUUGGGGGGUUUGUUUGUUUAUGAAUUAAGGUGGUGAUCAUAUGAGUUGGUUCUUCUAAACAUCAAAUUCAACAAUUGAUAGUGAAAGAGUGUUACAACACAAUUAAGUGACCUGUUUUUUCUUUUUCUUUUAUUUUUUAUAUAUAGGUGAUUGAAUUUGCGAAUUGUCUGUCUAGUCAAGUCAAGUCAAUUUAAUGUAAUUUGAUUUUCAUCAUGCGUAAUUAACCACCACUCAUUUGGCUGGCCGGGCUAUA